CAAGAGAUGAGCAAAGAAGUCCUUAAGCACCUUCUACAUUAUAAUAGUGAUAUCUACUAUGGCUGUCAUGCAUAAAGAAAUUUGUGCCUUCCACAGCUGUUUGUCUGAUUGUUUGUCUGAGUGCAAUAUAUAGAUGAACCAUUAGACUCUAUCAUCCUUGCAGAUUCAGUAUGCUUACUGAAGAAUCCUACCAAACUCAAUACCUGGAUCUCAACUCAAUAAAAGAGCUACCAGAGUCUCAUACAUGGACAUCACUGCAAGAUGACUGCACUGAUUGCCUCUCAAAUGAAUCAGAGUCUUUGCCGAUCAUUGAUCUGAAUGAUCCAGAUGUACUAGCCCUCGUGAGGCAUGCAUGCGAAACAUGGGGCGUUUUACAAGUUAAAAAUCACGGUGUCUCUUUAAGGCUUCUUGAAGAUAUGGAGGCUGCUACAACCAAGCUUUUCUCCUUGCCAAUUGAACAGAAGCUUAAGGUCUCUCUUUCGUCGAGUAAUGAUAUUUCUGGCUACCGCUUGCCUAAAAUCUCUCCGUUCUUUCCUAAACUCAUGUGGCGUGAGGGGUUUACCAUAUUUGGAUCACCUGUUGAACAUGCUGUCAAACUUUGGCCUCAAGACUACAAACCAUUCUGUGACUUGGUCGAAGAAUAUGGGAAAGAAAUGAAGAACUUAGCUGGAAAGCUUAUGUGGCUAAUGCUCAGGUCAUUAGGCAUAACAGAGGAAGACAUUAACUGGUCUAGUCUAGGAGGAGCUGCCAUACAGUUAAACUCCUACCCUGUCUGUCCCGAUCCAGACCGUGCCAUGGGACUAGCUGAACAUACUGAUUCCAGCCUUUUAACCAUUCUCUAUCAGAACAAUACAACAGGCUUGCAAAUAUUCAGGGAAGGAACUGGCUGGCUCACAGUCCAGCCACACACGGGGGUUUUAGUCGUAAACAUAGGUGAUCUAAUGCACAUACUCUCGAAUGGAUUGUACCCCAGUGUUCUUCAUCGAGCCCUUGUGAAUAGGAAGCAACAGCGGAUUUCUGUAGCUUACAUAUACGGGCCUCCUGCUAAUGUUCUUAUCUCACCGCUUCCUAAAUUAGUAGAUCACUAUCACCUCUGCCUGUUUAGGCCUAUCACUUGGACCGAGUACUUGGAACUGAAAAGUAAACAUUUCACGAACACACUCUCACUGAUUCAAAUCUCAGGUUCUCCAAAUGUAGUAUCAUGAUCAUGCUUGAUCAUGUGUACAGAUGUCUUCAUUUGUUGUUUCAACUAGAUGUAUUACAUUUUAGUGUCAAGUGUCACUAGUUUAAUGAGCAA